CAGUACAGCCACCGGUGACAGAGCUGCUCGCCCAGCGACAGCCCCUCCCUGGCGAUCGCCCCCGCCCCCAGCCAUGGACACCGUCGGCCUCGACUUCCUCUGGCUGCGGCAUCCGUCCUGCUCCCCGCUCCAUCCCUUGCUCCUCUCCAUAGACGCCCAGACCGAUGCCUAGCUCUCCCAUGGCCGCCCUGGAUCUCCAUGGUCGAGUUUUUCCCCUGCAGGAUCCCCCCCAAUGGCGCCUGGUCUUUUUCCCUUGGUUGAAAACACCUCUGCACUUAACCCCCUCUGUUGAUGGUCGACGUCUCUCCAUCCAUGGUACCUAGGUCUCCAUCCCCAUGCCCCUGCAGCUUGUUCUCAAGCAGCCAACCAUGGUGCGUCGUCCGCCUCGAAACUUUCCGGUGUUGGAGGGCGAAGAGCUCGAAGUUCUAAAGGUAACGCCCGCCGGGUGCUUGGUGGAACGUCUCAACCGGAGGUUGUUGUCGAUCUCUCGGGUUCGAGGCGAUUUAGUUGUGGUACGUUAAUUAAUCACGUGAUGUGGAGGGCAAGAGUUGGAUUAAUCUCAAGUGAAGAUGAUGAAUGAACCUGAAGCUUGGAUGAUCUGAUCAAGUACCAGGAUCGGAUGAGAGAUGCUCCCCAAGCGGACGUCAUCUAACAACACUGACUUAGUGUUAUCCCAGGUUAUAAGUUUGUUCUGUUGUGGAUGGUGCUAAGUGCCGGUGGGCUCGGCCUUCUUAUAUAAGAUAUCCCUACCACGACUCCAAGGAAGACGAGGACUACGCGCGUGACGGAGAGCGAGGACGACUGCAAAGCCUCUCAACGUGCUGCCAGGUCCAGUGGAGUUCAGAGUCAAGUUCAGUCAUCUACCUCUGUUAAACUAUCUGGAUUUCACAAGAGAGUUAUAGCCAAUUCAAGCUACGCAGAGAUUCCUGUACUGCUGGACACAUAGGUUUGGUGUCUAACUGAAAGACGUAUAUGGAUCCAUUCAGAAAUAACGAUGUUCGUCCUCCAUUAAGAGAACUAUCUAACAAUACCCUUGAAGGAGGACGUGCUAAUGCAAUGCAACGUAAGAGGGAAAGAGAAAGAGCACGAUAUGCAACAAUGAGUGAUGAAAAAAAAACGAACUAAAGAAGCGUCGUGAGUCACGCACAAAAGAAAACCUUGAGCACCAUAAACACUCAAACGAUGAAUGUCCAGAUAUGUCUAUAAGCGACGGAAGCAUCAUUGAUUGUACUAUACCGUGUGAUACCACUCCAGGAGGAUGUGAUGAUGCAAGACAACGUAAGAGGGAAAGAGAAAGAGUACGAUAUGCUACGAUGAGUGCUGAAAAGAAAAAUGAAUUGAAGAAGCGUUGUGAGUCACGAAAAAAGGGAAAUGUUAUGCACCAUGAGUAUUCAGAAGUUUGCAACAUCCCUGCAAACAAGGACAACAAUAAUCAUCAAAACAAUGAAAUUGAGGAUGUUGAUGAUGAUUCUUAUCAGUUGCAUAAGAAUAACUCAUUUGAGGUGCAUAGAAGACUUGGCAGUGAAAAACUUUCCACACAUUUGUCAGGUGCUAGUUGAGAUGAUGUUUUAUUUAGAAGUAGUUAGAUUUAUUAUGUUUCAUAAUCAUUGUUGAUAUAAAUAUCUACUAAAAAUCUGUUAUAAUGACUGUUAUUGCAACUAUCUACUAAAUCAAUGUUUACAUUGUGUAGAUGAAUGUCCACAGGUGUUUGUAAGCGACAGAAGCAUCAAAAAUCCGACUAUACAUUGUGAUAACACUUUAGGU